GCCUCCGUGACGCGGGGUGGCGCUAUAGUGACGUCGCGUUUGCGGAAGUGUCCUUCAUCGCUCCACCAGCGACGAGUAAACAGUCCUCCAGGGUGUCGCAAGGCGCUAAGAUCCAGCUUGAAAUAUUAAAUGAUACAAACUAGUAGCGGUGAUAGAGGCGCUCGCGGUGGAUAGUUCCUAAAAGCAGCACACGGCACAUUUAAGGAUUAUUUUUUUUAACAUCACAAUGACAGCUGGGCGGCUGCUGGACCCGAUAACGCUACGUGCUAACGUUGGGCUAGCGUGCUAAGCUAAGUGCUAAGCCUCGGCUAACUUCAGUUGGUGUUGGAAUGGUAGAAGAGCAGCGCGAGCUCCUCCGAUCAUGGCAGCGGGAGCAGGAGCCGCGUACGGCGGGUCCCUGGAGUCGACUCUGGCCAAGAAGUUCCACAGUGUCACGAACACAAUGGAGUCAAUCCAGGGGCUGUCAACGUGGUGCAUCGACAACAAGAAGUUCCACAGCGUGAUCGUGCGCCACUGGAUGAAGUGUUUGAAGAAAUCUGACGCCCCGCACAGGCUCAACCUUUUUUACCUCGCCAACGACGUCAUUCAGAACUGUAAAAGGAAAAAUGCCAUCGUCUACCGUACAGAAUUCGCGGAGGUGCUCCCCGAGGCCUUUGUGCUUGUCAACCAAGAAGGUGACACCAAGGUGAUUAAAUCGCUGGAAAGAAUACUGACGAUCUGGGAGGAGAGAGGCGUGUAUACGGGGACACUCAUUACCGAGCUCAGGAGCAGCUUAGUCAAAGAGGAGUCCCCUCUUGAGACACCUGUGGAGCAAAAAACUCCAGUUGAGUCUAAAGCUGAUCUACAGUCCAAGAUUGUCGCAGAGUUUGUGCCCCAGGCACUAAUGGACCAACUGUCCAAGUACAAGAGAUCUCUGGAGGAGGUGGACAUGAGAGAAAAACAGCUGGCAGCUAUGAGGGUCAACAUCUGCAGCUCCGAUGCCCUCAAGAAACUCAAAGAUAAGGCGGGAGGGAAGAAGUUCUCCAAGGACUUUGAGGAAGGAAAUGCACAGCUGCAGGAGUUUGUCAAGUUUUUUGACAAAGAAAGCAAAAUCGGACCUCCUGUCCUUGAGGCCCUCAGCAAUGCAGAUAUCUUCUAUGAGAUGCAGUACAAGGAGGUCAAGAUUGUCGCCAAUGCCUACCAGACAUUCGCUAACCGGGUGUCCCACCUCAAACGUAAGCUAGACUCCCUGAAGGCCACCUUACCGGACCUGGACGAGUCGCCCAUCCCCUCGCCCUCUGCCGACGCACCGUCUCCAACGGGGUCUGAGUCCCCGUUCCACGGUCUGGAACUGGCCCACCCCGAUCCAGAUCUCGACGGCUCCGCUAUGGAUGAUGAGGCGGAGCCGCCGGCCCCGAGUCCUCUGUCUUCACUGGGGGGAUCCCCCAGACCCUCGGAGACUCUCGGACAGAACGACAAUCGCGAAGUGGAAGACAUGGAGCUCUCUGAAGAGGAAACCGACAGCGGUGGCAUUAUAGUAGAACAGCAGCUGGAAGGCCGCGCCCACCCAGAGGUGUCCACUCCAGUACCUGCAAAGAAGGAGCUGCCAGUGGCUAAAGAGCAGCCCGUCACACAGGUGGCGCCCCCUGUGGCAGCCACCGCCGCUGCAGCAGCAGCAGCAGCAGCAGCAGCAGCAGUGGAAAGUGUUGACCUGGGAAAAAUUGGCUCCAUCCUCAACAGUUUAAGCUCGGUCAUGAAGAAUACAGGACCGUUGUUGGAGAGUCCUCCUGCAGUGGCCCCUGUCUCACCUGCUGCCACACCUGCCAUCUCCGUGGCCUCUCAGGAUGCCACUUCACUGGUAAACCUCCUUUCCAAGGUGGACGUGAGUCCGUCGGAGCUCCUCGGCGCUCUGUCCAAAGUCCAGAGCCAAAGCAGCUGUGAGGGCAUCACCUCCAUACUGAGCAGCCCAGCUGCGAGUGUCUCCUUGGCCUCCUCCAGCGCAGGCAAGAUUCCUCCUUCAUCCACGUCUGCAGCAGCAGUUUCCUCUCAGAGCCCGUCCCUCUCCUCUGUUGCACCUGUGCCUUCUUCAAGCAGCUCUGCUGUAAAGCAGAGCACAAUCCCCCCAGUCACCCCUCAGACUUCCAACCGAGCCUCUGCCCUGGUCCAGGCUCUCCACAGAGACAUGGAUUUGACGACAGAGCCCGAACCGUCCUCGAAGAGUCUAGAGUCUAAAAUCCACAGCUUCCUGCAGGGGAACCCUGCUUUUAACGCAUUCGACCUUGGCUUUGCUGCGACCCCAGUUGCAGGGGAAAAUCUCAGCCCAGUAACAGGCACGGACAACCAGGGUGGGACUCCAGUGCGGGACGAGGGAGGAGGCACCCCGACCCAAGAUGAGAUCAUGGACAAGCCUGGGGUGGUCCCGUUCACUUCCAACACAAAACCGCCAUCUCUUGGAGAAACGGUUGCGACAGCUCCCGUUGCGUACCAGAAUAACCUCAACAGUUCCCAACAGCAGGCUCAUAAUGGGCAGGUCUACCAGCCGCUCGCUUGUGGCAAACAGGAGAUGUCGGAGCGUGGGAUUGCUCCGCCUGUAGCACAUUACCAGCCGUUUCCUGCUCAAACGGGGGGACUGGUGCCUGGAGGGAGAGGCCCAGGCAGCGCCAGUGGCACGCAGACAGUCAAAGGCUUUCAGGGGAUGAAUGACAGGGGUUGGUAUGGUGACUCUUACCCAGAGGGGAGGUCUCAGCAACCGAGAGGCUACAACGUUACAGUGCCUGGAGGUAAUAACGCGUCAGGACUUUAUCCGUAUCAAACGGAGCAAACUCGAGAACCCCAGGAGUUAGCUCCCCAGCAGGUCACCGCCCUGUCCCCUGGUUUCUUCAGAAGCAACCUCCCUCCAGUCCCACAGUUACCUCCCCCUCCCCUUGCCUUUGACACCCCCCCUCCUGUGACCGGCGGUGCGAUGAUUCGCCCCGAUCAGCUGCUGAUGAAUCCCGCAGGGGAAGUGGCCGGGCCCAGAAUGGACAGUGCCAUCAGCGGCAUGGUGGUGCACGACCACCAGCACAAGUCCAUGUUUCAUUCGGACGAUCCGAGGUGUGAACUCGACCGACCUCGCCCUAGUCACCCUGACGACUUGUACCCUCACCGAGAAGACAUACGUUAUCAGGAGGACUUUGAGCGGUAUCACGACGAGCUCCAUCAUCACGACCAUGUUCGCUUUAAGGAUGACGCCUACCAACACCCAGAUGAUCCCUACUACAGGCCAGGCAGCCCUCCGCACCACUACCCCAGAGAUCGAGGCAUCACCCCCCCACUCUCGCCCUCAGAAGACCCCUACUACACCUAUGACUACCAGCGGCACAGCCCCCCUCCUCCGCACUACACUCCAAGAAGACCUCCACCUCAUCUCGAAGUCCGUCAUCCUGGUCUGCGACCUCCACAUCGGCCUCCCCACCCGGCACAUCACCCACACCCCAGAGGGCCCCCACGUGCACCCUUUCCUCGGUUCCAUGGCCCCAAUCCAAUGCUCAGAGGCAAACGUCCAGGGCCAAGAGGAGGGGGCAAUGCUGGUCCAAUGUUUCCCCCAAAAAGACCCUUUCCACCUCCACGGUACUGACUGGAGACGUGGCUUUGGGCUCUCUGUAUCACUGUGGACGUCCUGAAGGCAGGGGCAGGACUUUUUAAGAUUGUAAAGCAAGUCUGUUUGAGGCCCACAGCCUCCGCACUGAGAGGCCUCCUGAGAUCUGAAACGGUGACAAGGUGCAGACACUGAGGGGGGAAUCCGAGAAGAGCAAUACGCUGUGGAACAAAAUUCAGCAGAUGCAAGAAGAAAACCGAUAAAGGCGACGAAAAAGGACGUUUAGAAGGUUGAGGAGAGCAAGAAUCGACACCAAGAGAGGUAAAGGCAAACGGAGGCACUGAGAGGGCUGCUGGGCUGAAGAGUGAAGACAGAAGAUUAAAGAAAAUAAGAGGUGGAUAUAUAUAUACACAUAUAAUUCACUUUUUGUGUUAGUUGCUCCAGUAAUUAAGCAUUUCCUUGAACACGUCACUGAGCAUCCGUUUUAUGUAGGUCGGCGUGUGUGUGCAUGGUACGAGUGUGUGUGCAUGCGGUCAAGCGAAUGUCAACUAGUCAAAGGCCGUUUUUUCAUUUUUUUCCAAGCUGAAUCCAUAGAUGAUUAUUUUUGCAAAGGCGACGAGAGGAGAAUGUGGUUGGUGCAGCGAUUCUGCUGCUGUUUAGUUCCUCAGUGAGCAGUUGUGACUGCUCCUUUUCCGUAUCAGCAGUGUCCCUGAAGCUUUUGGUAAAACGUCAAUUUAAAUUUCACCUAGGAUAUGAAAACACACAGUGUGUGCGUAUAUAUAUAAUUUCUGUUUAUCCUACAAUUGCAUAUUUGGGGAAAAUUACGUUCAAUUCAUUUUUUUUUUCUACAAACUCCGGAUGUUAUAUUUGUGAAGCGAUGCUUUUCUCCACUAAAGCGUAACAUCCCUGCGGCCGCAGUUUCACAUCUCGCGGAGUCCCCUGAAGGAGAGCGGCACGAGUCAAAGUGGUGUUAGAUUUAUUUAAUUGCGCCCUCCUACACCGACGCAGAAGAGAUGCUUUUUUUUGGAAGGGGAUGAAGAUUCUCGGCUUCAGUUUCAUUUUACUUGUACUGACUAAUAAAAAUCUGAGUUUCAAAAA